UCUAUUUCUACCUUCGGGCUUAUCCCUUCAUCCCUGAUCUCCUUCAUCCCUCCAAUCCUCAUCUGUUCCUCACAGGAGGAAGGGAGAGAGAGUUUUCACAGGUUGCCUGCAACCAGUCUGUGGGUGAAAGCGUAAGAGGAACGAGAGAGAGAUAAGGGUAGCAGGGCUGACUUGAGUAUUGUGGAACAUAAAAAGCUGCUCCGAAGGGCUACUGAGGCGGAAAAGCCCCAAAAGAAGAAGGAUCACAUUUGUGUGGAAAAGUCUGCUAGUUUCUUUCUCCGGCCGUAACAGCCCCUAUCAACUGUUGCCAUGGGUGAAAUGGACACGUUGAAAAAGGAGGCCGAUGGCCUGAAGACCCAGAUUGAAGCUGCCCGCAAGGCGGUCAAUGACACCACCAUGUCUGCUGUAGCAUCUGGUGUGGCGGCUGCACCCCGUGUCCAGCUGAAGAACAGAAAGACACUGAAGGGCCACUUGGCCAAAAUCUACGGCUUGCACUGGUCUGCUGAUAACAGGCACAUGGUCAGCGCCUCACAAGAUGGCAAGCUUCUUAUUUGGGACACCUACACUGGCAACAAGGUAUAUGCGGUCCCCCUCAAGUCUUCCUGGGUGAUGAGUUGCUCCAUGGCCCCUUCUGGGAAUCUGGUGGCCAGUGGAGGUCUGGAUAACAUGUGCACCAUCGUCAACAUCAAGGCUGCCAGCCCAAAGACCCUAAGGGAGCUGGACGCACAUGAAGGCUACCUUUCCCAUAGCCGCUUCCUGAACGAUAGCGAGAUCCUCACUGCAUCCGGUGACACCACUUGUUGCCUGUGGGAUCUGGAGACUGGCAAGCAGAAGGUGGUCUACAAGAGCCAUGUGGGUGACUGUAUGUGCCUGGCCAUGUCACCAGACCAGAACACUUUCAUCUCAGGGGCCUGUGACUCCAGCGCCAAGCUGUGGGACAUAAGAGAUGGUGGCUGCAAGCAGACCUUCAUCGGCCACACGAGUGACAUUAACGCCAUUGCGUUCUUCCCUAGUGGCACUGCAGUUAUCACGGGAUCCGAUGACUGCACCCUCAAGAUGUACGACCUCCGUGCCGACCAGGAGGUCAAUGGCUACCAGGACGCUGCGUUGAAUGCAGGCGUCACGUCAGUCUCCCUCUCCAGCUCUGGACGCCUCAUCUUCGCCGGCUACGACAACUUCAACUGCAACAUCUGGGAUUCCCUGAAGGCCGAGAAAGUCGGUGUUCUAUCUGGCCAUGACAACAGAGUGAGCUGCAUUGGGGUGCCAGAUGAUGGCUUGGGUAUCUGCACAGGAUCCUGGGAUAGCUUCCUGAAGAUCUGGAACUGAGCUGGUGCUCCAGAGACGACAUUAGGAGAGGGAGAGGGGGGAUGGAUGGAACUAGAGGAGGAGAGGAGAAGGGGGGAAUCACAAGCCUGAGAAAUAAGGAUGCUCAUUUUGGGAUUGGGGAGAUACCAGGAGGAGGAUGUUUGCCGUACCAUUUCACGUCAUUUGUAACCGCUAGAUCUUCCCUUCUCUUGCUCCCUCUUUCUCAGCUAUGUAUGCAAAUGUGGGAGGUGGUGAAUGGGACUUCAUAGAACAUGCUGCAUAAAUGGCAUCGACAACAGCACAAGAUGCAGUCACGCUACAUGUACACGAGAGUUUUGAAGUUAUUGUUGACACUAUCAAUAUCUAGACAAUGACAAACACCAAAAAAUAGGAUAUUUGAAGUCAUUAUUUGAAAUAACAAAUGAAUUAAAAAAAAUAUGCUCUACUUGUGUCUAAGGUGAGGGAGUGACAAUUACACGUAUAGAUUUUUGACAAUAAAAACAUGUGAGAUAAAUGCAGAAAUAUAAUGCACAUCAAUAACGAUUUAGUAUUACGGAUACAUUUUUAUUGUUUUGAGAUCUUUGAUUAAUAAAGCCUGCAGAUAUUAACUGAAAGUUGAUAUGUACAUUUAUUUACAUUUACAAUUUUAUUAUAGAGUGCAUAGUUGAUGUACAGUGCUGUUUGUUCAUACAUACCCGAUGUAUGUGUCCCACAGGAAUAUGACUACCGCCAUUUUGGACCUAUGAUGAUACAUGCUAACCAGCAGCACCCUUUGACUCUGCCCCAAAAUGGCUGCAAUCACCUAUCACCAGGCAAAUCCAUGAUGUAAAAACAAAAUGCAACGCCUGUAUUAUACUUCAGGGAAAAGCGUUGUUGAGGUGUUACAUAUCAGAUAUCAAUACAUUCCCUCCCAACUGCGUUUUGUUAGCACAUUUACACAUCUGCAGUAUCUCUGUAAAAAAUGGAAUGCUUGUUGAAAAACCUUUCUAAUAAACAUUGACUUCUGCAUUAA